GUGGAGUUCAAAUUUGUCUCAUGGUCUAAUCCAAACCAUGUGGAACCCGAUGGAGGGUGCUGCGAUCCCGGGUGGACGUCCUGUUAUCCGUGCGACAACCGUUUCAAGCUUUGCCUUGGUACAGGAUCGAAUUGUGCUUCUGGCACUAAUUGUGUUGCGACGAACAUGGUGUAUGAGAACAACGAUGAUUUUCAGUUUCCGUCGUUGAUUCCCGAUGACAUUUCCAAUCCGGUGUCUGCUAGCGUUGCAAGAUGGACGGGUCACUUGGAAAUCAGUUUGGAGGUUUGGGAUGUGGACCCUGAUGGUGGGGAUGAUGAAAUAUACACGGGCAAAAAGACCAUCUCGCAAAAAGCUGCUAGCUCAGUUUCAAGCGCAGUCUGGACUGACUACUCGAUGGGCACAGAUACAACGUUCCAAUUCAGUGUAAGAGUGUACUGUGAAAGCGAAUACCAGGGUCCGGACUGCGGAAUGUGGUGCCACGAUACGGACAACCAGAAUAGCUUCUUUGAAAUUAAGCAGAAAAGGGACAUGGAAGAGCUGUGAGGAUGUUUGGUGCAGAGAAAGGUCAAGAAUCAUCUGAUGAUGAAAAGCUUUGGCCUCAUCUCUACCCAGUCAAAGACAUGGCAGCGGAGUACAUGACAUUUAAGACGGGAAAGACUGCUUUUGAAAAUUUCAGAUUUGUUUCCAUUUUUUCGUUUCGAUUUUGUUUCUUUAUUUGUCUUUUCUUCAAGAUGUGCCGUCGGUGCUUUAAAACAAUAUGAGUUCUGGCGUAUUUUUAACUAUUUGGUUAUAUUUUAACGAAAAACAAUAUCCCCACCUGUUGCCGUCUGCAAGCACUUUUUAUCAUGACUAACUUUUGCGCAUUCACAGAUCCAGCCUGCUAGUAGACUGGGCCCCCCAUUAUUGAUUCUGAUAAGAUUCAAAUGUUUGAUAAAAUUUAAAAUUAUUUUCAAAAAUCAAAUUGUAUACACUACAGUAAUCACCCAAAAUUAAACGACGACUGAUCUUUGUCUCUGUUGGAAGUUUCAUUCAAAAGUGAAAAAAAAAAAACACUUUGUUAUUGCUUUGAAAAUAUUUAUCGACAGAAAUACUUUUUUUCGGGUAAAACUUAGAAAAAGCACGGAAAGUACAUUUUGAAUGCAUGUGGUUAUUUGUAAUGUACAAUCUCAUGUAGGGCGGUUAUAAUCACACAGUGACCACACACGGUGCUAAAAAAUAGUAAAGUCACGCUAAUUUAGAAGUGACAAUCUCCGCAGUAUAUUGAAAAGGAAACUCCUUCAAAGUUACACCUUAAGACUAUUAAUAAGAUGGGAUUUUUGCGU